CGUGUCUCCCUUCUGGGGGCAGAUGGAGAGAGAGAAAAACCUCUAGCUGCUCGCUUUCCUUCUCCCUGGCAGUUAGUCGCUCGGCUCCAACCAGAGCGUCCGCGGCUUAGAGCGCCGAGCAAGCCCAGCUCCGCCGCAAACCCCCUUCAGCGCCAGGCUGAGGCGAGACUGCCUCGGGGCGGCCGCCUCCGCACCCGCUCGCUCGCUGGCUCCCGCGGCUGCCGCUUGGACUGGGCGCGCGCUCCGAUAGGCGCUGGAAGCGUCCAAUCAGAAGAGCCCGGACACCGAGGCGGCUUUAAGCCUGGCUGCGGGAGGACCCCAGCAAAAGUUUCCCCGGCAGCAGGAACUCUCCGAGAGCAUCCACUUCCUCGCCGCCGCCUUCUGCUGCGCGGAGCCACGCUUCCUCGCCUGAGUCCGGCCGGCUGGCUGGGGCCACCGCCCGUUCCUUCGGGGCGCGCGGACGCGGCUCCCGCUUCUGCCGGCCCUGGGGGCAGCCGGGAGGGCACCGCCGCUUCCCUCCGGCUCUUCUUCGGGCCCCCCCAGCCCCACACCGUUCGGCCGGCUGAGCCCGCGGCGGUCGGGCUGAGGGGCGGUGGCGGCGGCGGCGCAGCAGCAGCAGCUCGGACCCGGAGCCAUGUCGAUGCUGCCGUCCUUCGGCUUCACGCAAGAGCAAGUGGCGUGCGUCUGCGAGGUCUUGCAGCAGGGCGGCAACCUGGAGCGGUUGGGCAGGUUCCUCUGGUCGCUGCCCGCGUGCGACCACUUGCACAAGAACGAGAGCGUCCUCAAAGCCAAGGCGGUGGUCGCCUUCCACCGGGGGAACUUCCGCGAGCUCUACAAGAUCCUGGAGAGCCACCAGUUCUCUCCGCACAACCACCCCAAACUCCAGCAGCUCUGGCUCAAGGCGCACUACGUGGAGGCCGAGAAGCUGCGGGGUAGACCGCUGGGCGCCGUCGGGAAGUACCGCGUGCGGCGGAAAUUCCCCUUGCCCAGGACCAUCUGGGACGGCGAGGAGACCAGCUACUGCUUCAAGGAGAAGUCCCGGGGCGUCCUGCGGGAGUGGUACGCGCACAACCCUUACCCGUCGCCCCGGGAGAAGAGGGAGUUGGCCGAAGCCACGGGCCUCACCACCACCCAGGUUAGCAACUGGUUUAAAAACCGGAGGCAGCGCGACCGAGCGGCAGAGGCGAAAGAGAGAGAAAACACUGAAAACAACAACACAUCUACCAACAAGCAGAACCAGUUGUCUCCUUUGGAUGGGGCCAAGCCACUCAUCUCCAGUUCCGAAGAGGAGUUUUCGCCCCCCCAAAGUCCAGAUCAGAACUCCAUUCUCCUGCUCCAGGGCAACCUGAGCCAUGCCAGGAACUCCAGCUAUUCCUUGACCGGCUUAACCGCCUCGCAGCCGGCCCACAGCCUCCAGCCUCACCAGCACCAGCUGCAGGAGUCCCUCCUAGGCCCUCUCACUUCCAGCUUGGUGGACCUGGGCUCAUGAGUUUCUCCCCCCCACGCAAGGUGGGGCUUGUAAAUAAGGGAACUGUGUCAUACAGCUUUCCCCCCUCCCUCAUUUUGUUUUUCCAGAAUGUUCCUGGUGAUUUUUAAAAUGACUUUUAAAAAUCGCUUCUGAAACCAUCCGUUUCCAUUUCUCUUUAUGCAACACCUCUCCCUCUAAGCCAUCUUUUGGGUAGCCAAACAAAGAGAACAUCCAUCCUGAAAUGCAUUUGUGGGGCAACCCUUGGUGUCAUCCCUCCAUUGCAUUCUUUUCAAUUUACUUAAUCUUUCCUGAGUUGGAAUGACAGAUCGUUACAUUUUAUUUAAAAGGAUAGGGAGCAUUACCCAGCCAAGUUAAGCACUUAGAUUCCAUCAAUUUCAAAGAGAGAUUUAAGCACUGUGGAUUUCAAAAUGGUUAACUUGGGCUGUGUCCUAUAUGUUCCUUUUGUUUUGUUUUGUUAGAGGAGAAAAAGAACGCAAAUAUUUUAUAGCAGAAUCCUAAGCAUUCUUACUCAGAAAUAAGGCCCCUUAAAGUAAGUGAAGCCACAAAGCAAAUUCAUGCAUGUUUACCCAGAAGUUUGCUAAAUGGGGCUUAUUCCUAAGCCCAUAUAGGAAGGUGCCCUUACUUUCCACUAAGGACUUAGUGAUAUAUUUUAAUAGAUGGUGGUGGGUAGUUAUCUUGGCUUGAAUUUUUAGGGAAAAAAGAUGGGGUGUAAAAUACCAAAAAAAUUAAUUCUAAAAGGGAGAUCUGGAGAGGGCAAAUUAAGUUUACAUUUUUCUUUUUGGUCAGGCUUAGAUUUCUGAAAAGAUUUUGAAGUAGCUUAAAAACUGGAAAAAAUGAUGCAGUAUUAGGUGAAGAAUGUUAAGUGCCUAUGUCUUAAUGCAGAGGUGUGAGCCCUUUAUGUUAGAUUAAAAUUUUAUGAGAGAGUAAUUUCAUGUCAGUCAUUUUUCUGUUUAUGGUGAAUUUUGGAAAUGAAUCUGUGUGAUUUUUUUUUAUAAUAGCAACAACAAAAGGUAAGAUGUCCACUUACCUGGACAUCUUUCAUAAUCCAGACUCUUUUUCUAGGUUUUAUUUCUGUCUGUCUCUCUUCUUCCCUUUCCCAUAUAGUUUGGCUUGAGAAAACCAACUGGCAAUUUGAUUACCACUAGUAGCAUGUGCUUUCAUUUCCAGGUUUCUUGUACCCAAAGAAAUCUAAAUUAAACAUGAUAAG